UGUCUUUCUCUCAUCCUUUUCAUAUUUGCCAGCUCCAUCUCUCUCUCUCUCUCUCUCUAGAAAUCAUCAUCAAAGAACUAGCUAAGGAUGUCUUCGGAUGAUGAUGAAGGAGGAGAGGAGUAUCUAUUCAAGAUUGUGAUAAUCGGAGACUCUGCCGUCGGGAAAUCGAACCUUCUCUCUCGGUACGCUCGAAACGAGUUCAACGCUCAUUCCAAAGCCACCAUCGGCGUUGAGUUCCAGACGCAGAACAUGGAUAUCGAUGGCAAAGAUGUCAAAGCUCAGAUUUGGGAUACUGCUGGUCAGGAACGCUUCCGUGCCGUUACUUCCGCUUAUUACCGCGGCGCCGUUGGAGCCCUCGUCGUUUACGAUAUUAGCCGUCGCUCCACUUUUGAGAGCGUUGCCCGUUGGCUCGAUGAACUCAAGAUACAUUCGGAUACAACGGUGGCUAGGAUGUUGGUGGGAAACAAAUGCGACCUAGAAAGCAUAAGAGCAGUGAGCGUGGAAGAAGGCAAAGCUUUAGCGGAAACAGAAGGACUAUUCUUCAUGGAAACAUCAGCUCUCGAUUCAACCAACGUUAAAACAGCUUUCGAAAUGGUCAUCCGUGACAUCUACACCAACGUUAGCAGGAAACAACUCAACUCCGACACUUAUAAAACCGAACUAAGCAUGAAGAACCGAGUCAGUCUCGUUAAAGACGAUAGUAAAAGCUCAACACAAGGCUUUGGUUUCUCCUGCUGUUCAUCCUCUUGAGUCUUCUUGAACCUGAUGAAUUUUUCGUUCUAUAUUAUUAUUUCCAUUGAUUCAUUUUGAGUUUUGUCCUCUACAAAAGUUUCACAAGAUUUUUCUUUUGAUUCAAAAUUGUAAUGUUUCUUUAUGUGUGGAUCCGUAUAGUAGUAAAACACUUAAUACGACAAUUAAUUAUUGUCUAAUUUUGUAA